AAUCACUGCUGUAAGAGGCCACGAAAAGACUCGCCUUUUGGCAGUAACAACUUUGUCCUAUUGCUAACACUUUUAUAACUCCACUUAUGAAAAUAUUUGAAGUUUGACUUAACCUAUUUUACUUCUUUCAGACAAUUUUCUCUUGAUUUCUCGGUUACCACUGACGAUAAUUUGUCUCGUGUUGUCACGCGAUAUCACACUCUUGUUCUGUUUUACGUGACGUGUUCUUGCUCAAUACAGUUUUCACGUAAUGAGUGAGUAAUUUAUGUUUUGAGUGAUUUAUGACCUGCGAUAACCCCAAAUUCUUGUAUUUCCUAAGUGUAAAAGACAUUGAUGAGAGAUGAAACGUGAAUAACAGAACGUACGCAGGGAGAUUGUAAAGCGAAGUUGUGCAUUUGUUUCAAGGGGAUGGAGGAUAUAUUUUCAGAUUGGCUACUUUGGUCUCAAAAAUCUCACUAUUUGGACAGUGACAGCGUCCGCGCAAUAAAAGUAAGCGUCUUAUAGGGUUCAGAUAUACAGGAAGAAAGGGAGAGAGAAUUCCCAGAAUUUUCUCUUCCUGUUUUUAUCGAACCAGUUCAACCAACGCAACCACAGUUUCUCAUGGAAGUGACUAAACCCUUUAUUUUUUGACUACUUGAUUCCACAAGACGAGUUUUCCAUGCAUUUGUAUUUUAUCUGCACCUCUUCGAAUUUGAGUUAUAGCUACAUGGUUUACCAGAAACCGUGCGUGAUCCAAGAACGUUUUGUCUGUGAGUGUAACACUCUUAAGCUCAGUGGGAAACGCCGGAUACAUCACACGAUACUGUAGAUGCCAACGCUAAAUAUAUUACCGCAAGGAAUGUUUCGGUUCUAAUUCUGCAUGUGGAGUGACAAGCAAGCCAAGAAUGACGCUUUGCAGUUUAAGUAACGAGUUCGUUUUGCGAUCAUUUUGACACGAUGAAAGGACCAGAAGUGGUUUUGUUUGUGAGCGUGAUCUUCGAGCUUUGGAUGGGGCUAAGCUCAGCCAGAAAGGCAUCGGAUAAAGAAAGCACGACACACAAAACACCUUUGCGACCCAAGGAAGAGCGGAAAUACGUAAUCAAAGAGAAAGGAAGCGAAGUCGAUGAUGGAGACUCUUUGCUACUACGUCCAAACUAUUUGGCGUCGGAACCCGAGAACGUACCAGCUGGAAUGACAAACGUGAAGCAUCCUGGAGGAUCCUUAACUGCAGCUGGUGGAGAUGGAACCUUGGACGACACGUCUGCCAUUCAGGCCAUUGUUAAUCACGCUGCAAGUUCCAUAAACAACAAGGUAUUCUUCCCUCGAGGUGAAUACCUAAUUAGCAGUGACAUCGCCAUCCCUGGCCCGGUGGAACUUCAUGGAACACAAAGCGGUAUAGCAGUUAUUACGUCUUCGACCCCAUAUGCUCUUAAAAUUCAUAAUGCUUCACCAGUGAAAUCGGUUUUAUUCAAUAAUGUGUACUUCGACGGAAUUCGGGUGAAAUUUGACGGUGAAGUCCAUGGACCAUCAGCCACCAGUAAUAUUACCAUAAAAAGCUGUAUAUUCUUUUCAUCCGGAAGUCCGACUCUGAGAAAUGCCAAGAGGCAGCAGUUGAAAAUGGUGGACCUUGGAAGCAGCAAUGUGUACAGAAGUAUCUUUUUACGCGAUUCUAAUGCGUAUGGAGUUGCUUCGAAAUUCACCAGAACCGUUGGCGUAGACGUGAGAGAAAACAUAUUUGGGCUCGAUUUAAGUAAGGGGGGCUGGUUAGCCACCAAAGUUGAGCCGGUAUGGUACUGGCGAGACCGAAAAGAAAAAUUAGAGUUUCUUAUGACUCACUACAAUUUGGAAGCUGAUCAAGGCUUCUUUAAAAGUUGUUAUUAUGAAGAGUGCGACGAAAGGAUGAGACUGGCGAAAAAUAUCUUCAACGGAAGUCCCAACAUAGGCCGUCACCGAGACCACGUGAUGUACCUCAAGGGCUUUAAUAUGAUGGAAGUGGUGGGUAAUUACAUCAGAGGCUGGCCAGCGGAUCUUUCAGGUGGCAUUAAGGCCCGAAAUGGAAAAAAUCUAUUGGUUGCUCGUAAUUACGUUGACGACACAGGUAUUCUGUUGUAUACUCACAGAAAAAUCAAGCCCUGUCUUCAUAAUGGUCUGAAGAAUGUUGUCAUCUACGGAAAUCACCUCGUGCAACGAACCAAUCCUGGUCAUCGUGCAAGUGGUAUAAGCUAUUAUGAACCCCAUAAUCAGGGAAGAGAUAGGAACAUUACUUACUCCGCUAAUGUAUUUGAGAUAUUUGGAGUCAGCGACCCCUCAAAUUACACAUGCAUCUGGCUGACCAAUGGGGAUCUUUCUCAACAUCACGUGCUCCAAGACAACUCCUAUUAUGGUGCUAAAAUGCCUGUGAAAUUGCAUGCUCGCUAUAGUACUCCACUUCACGAAACGAAGGAAAACAACGUUGGUAUUACAAAUCGGUACAACUAUCCACUGUACAAGCUGAACAUUCCACCUUAUUAGACAGUGCUAACUAGUAAUUAAUCACUUAAUAACCAAAGUUUAUAUUUGCAUCCGAGAUUGAAGAAUUAUCCUUUUAGAGGGUAGCAACGGGGGGGAGAGGGGACCUUUAUCUCGUUUCACGCACGAUUAUUUAGAAAAGAUUCACGCGUCAUGUAUAUAAAAGGGGGGAACUUUGAAUCCCUCUUCUUGUGUGCAAGGUUUCAGAAAGAUCUUGGGGUUUUCACGGAAUGAAAGAAAAAAUUCACGGGUCACGCAUACUUCAGGAGGCGAAUCACGCCUCACGCUGGUUCAUAAAUUUACGAACCACGCUCACCUUAGUAUAAAAUUCACGCUUCCUGUAUCAAUUUUCACCGUAAUCACACGUCACUUACACAAUCCCUUUGUAGCCCUCUUUUAAUAUUACAGCGUUUCAGAUGGAUUUAAGUGAGCAAUGAAAGAAUCAGUUUUGUUAUCAUGAUUACGAUAAAUGACUAUCCAGUGAUCGAUGCAGGUUCUAUUUGCGAAAUAAAUAGGAGUGCAUCUGCACAUUGGAUAUUGAAGAUGGAAUAGUAUUUUAUGGGCAACAGGUGACGUCACCCCCCUUGCACAUCGCUCCAAGUUUAGUCACCCUGAAGUAUAAUUGUGUCGCCCCCACCUUGAAGUUGCGUCGCUCCCACCUUGAAGUUGCGUCGCCCCCAGCCCCCAACCUUUGACACAAGUUCAAAGUUGAUUAAGGUUUUAAACAUAUUUGACGUAAUUUUUAACCCUUAAACCCCUAAGAGUGGCUAACGUUAAAUUUCUCCUUAUAAUAUCACCUCUGAAUCACACACUAAGAUUACGAGAAUA